ACAUCCGAGAAGCAAAAUGAGCGCAUUUCCUCUCCGUGCCCUCAGUGCAAAACCGUCUGGGAAGCUCAUGGGGAAGCCGGGAGGGAGCCCAGAGAGCAGCCUGCACCCCACCAGCGGAUGGCUCGGCUCCUAGGGCUGGCGGGGGUGGUUUGAAGGAGGAGGGAAACAACAAAAAACCAAACCAAACUAGAAAGAGGAGGAAACCCGCAGCGGGCGGGCUGGGCGGCCCCGCCUGCCCCUCGGCGAGCGGAGCCGCCGUGCCGCGGGACGCCCGGGGAGCGGCCGCCGCCCCGACAGCCGCCGCUCUGCGCGCCGCGCCGCGCUCUGGGACGGCGGCCCCGGCCCGGCCCCGGCACGACUUCAUGGCUGUGCUUCAGUGGUGAGUGGCUGAAUAUAGCCUCCUCUGCAUCACAGUGAUAGCAGAACUGUGAAGUUUAAUGAGCACCUGCAAAGUCGUGUAGCCGGAAGGAGUUGCCAUGCCUGUGGGAAUUUUCCGUGUGUGCCUCGUGGUGAUUGCAGCCAUUGUCAACCAGCCCCUCCUCUUUCCUCAAGAGAACUGCACUGUGCCUGAGCAUGCAGAGGACAUCAUCCAGAAGAUGAAGGAGCGGGAGGAGAGACUUCGGCUGGCGCAGCUGCGCUUGGAGCAGGAAGUGGCAGAGCAGGAAGCCACGCAGAAGGCUCUGGAAGAGGCUGCAGAGGCAACGGAGGAAAGAAAAGAGGAAAAGCUCCAGUGGGAUCUCUGGACUGCCCUUUCCAUGGUCAUCUUCCUGCUGAUUGAGCUUUGGAGGCAGGAUUUCCAGGAAGGGAUGGGGCAGGACACAGGAGAGGAGGAUGACAUGGCUGUCCUGGGGAAAGCAUUUAAAGGUGUGUCCUUCCCUGACAAGGCUGUCCUGGCCAGCUUCUACGAGAAGCGCAUCCUGGGUACGGCUGGGGAGAUGGCCAGGAUGCGGGAGAUGGUGGAAGGCUUUGCCGAUGACCUGCUGGAAGCCUUGAGGAGUGUUUGCAACCGGGAUGCUGACAUGGAAGUGGAGGACUGCAUAGGGGUGGGGAGCAUGUAUGAGAACUGGAGGGUGCGUAAACCGUUUGUCUGUGAUCUGAUCGUGCCUUUUGCCCCCCCAGAGCCAUACUGUUUUCGGUCACAGACCUGGUGCUCUGGCGACUCAUUUCCCCCAGAUGAACAAGGUUAUGGCACUAUCAAGGUAUGCAGGGCAGGUGAGGAUGCGAUGGGUUGCAUCUGUGACAAGACUAAACUAGGUGAAGACAUGCUGUGCCUCCUCCAUAACCAGGCAAAUACUACCAGGCCCAGCAGUGAGAUGGAAGACCUCUUGUGCUUCAAAAAUACUCACUAUCUGGAUGCUGACCAAGUCAUGAAGUGGUUCCAGAUUGCAGUCACCAAGGCCUGGAACAGAAUCUCCCACAAGUAUGAAUUUGACCUCUCCUUCAGUCUCCUGGACUCCCCAGGAGCCCUGAAGAUAAAAUUUAGGUCAGGGAAAUCUGUUGCCUUCAACCUCACCCCUGUGGUGCAGUAUGAGAACUCUGAUGUUUACUUCAUCUCUCAUUUCCCUCGGAGCAGCCUGGCAGCAGACCUCCCUUCCAGCACUCACUGGUUUCUCACCUUUGCAGUGUAUGAGAGGAGGUUCAUCCAGCUGGUUUCCAAAAUGCUGCCUGCUAAUGCCUGCCAUGUCAGCUGCCUUCAGAUCCUCUCCUUCCUCCACGGGAAGCAGUGCAGCCUCACGGGUCCAAGCGGGCUCACCAACUACCACCUGAAGACAGUAAUGCUGCAUCUUCUGCAGGCACGUCCCAGGCAGGACUGGGCCCCAGAGAAGUUGGAGGCCCGUCUUCAGGACAUGCUGAAAUUCCUGGAGAAAUGCUUGCAUGAGAAGAAACUCUACCACUUCUUCAUUGGCAAUGGGAAGGUACCAGCAGAGCUGGGCUUCCCCAUCGUAUUCCAGAAGGCUGAGCCUCUCAACUUGUUCCGUCCCUUUGUGCUACACAGGGACGUUUACCAGAAGACAGUGGACACAUUCCAUGAGAUGCUCAGGAACACGUCUGCACUGAUAAAUGAGUACACAAUGCACAUUCCUCUGCCACACAUCAAUGGGAUCCAUAAGGAAUCCCUUUAGCCAAAGCCAGCAGGAAGACACUUGUUCCUCUAAGUAGAGAGUGCAGUUUCUGAAGCCUUCUGGAGACAACUGACUUGGCCAGUACAGCUUCUGUCUGCACCUGAGCCAGUCCUGGGCCAUGGUUUCUGCAAUAAGGGAAAGUGGAUGGCAGGAGGAUCAGGAGAAACUGGAAGAUGAGGUAUAAAAGGAUGUUUCUGUUCCACUAGUGUGCUGUCUGGAUUUUAUGCAGCUGAAGUUCUAUCUCUCUGCUGUGCCUCAGUCACGCUACAGUGGUGGUGAGCAACAAAGAUGACUGAUUUAUUCAGAUGCCUGCAACGCAAACGGUGGUGGUGGCAGCCAAGUCCUUCAUUUCCUUUGGAAAGGGGAGACCAGAACAGGGUGGAGGAAUCAGAGGUAGGGUCUUGCUUGGGAGUGCCAGGUUAACAAUUGGACUAGGUGAUCUUAAAGGCCUUUUCUAACCUUAGGGAUUCUGAUUCUGUGCUCACAAGAGCCUGUCUGCCUGCAGACAACAGGAGCUCUCCGACCCAUGGGAAGCGCAACGUGAAACACAGUAUUUAUGUGAGGAGGAGAUGGAUGCACAAGACCUGGACUGGAUGAAGAUCCUUAAAUCAACCACAGCUCUUAAAAGGCAACUGUAGUGUUAAAAAAAGUCACCUUGAGAGGCCUUGCGCUAGUACUUUAAAUGGCUUGUCCUGUCCUUCAGAAAUACCCCUGUACCCUGCAUGUUUCUUCUCCUUGGGGAGGAUGUAGCAGAGCAAGCAGCAGGGUCUGUGUCACCACACCACUUCAUUUGAGUCUUCAGUUUUCUUCAUGGUAACGUGGAUAGUAGGUUAUAUUCCUGGCCAUUUUCCAUGGAUAAAUGGACAAGAACCUUUUUUACCUUUGGUAAAAGACAAACUCUGUUACUGAGUUCCGGUGUUUUCAUUUGUUUGUUUGUUUUCCUUACCUCGGGGCAAUAACAGCCAAAGGAGAAAAAACUGCUACUAGUAUUGCUUUAAUAAAAGAAGCAGUUCUCAAAAAUUA